AGCGCUCCUCAGAGUAAAUCACACGCGCGGCUGUUUGAUGUGCACGUGCGCGCGUCUCUCAUUCUCAUAGAUGUCAGAGGUGGAGCUACCUGAACAACAAAUGUCUUCUUUGGAGGAUUUCGUCGUCUCCUUCUGCUUUAGUCCCACAGCUCUGUUAGGGGCUGCUGCUCUCCUGCUCUGCUUCCAUCUUGUCUCCAAUAAAUUCACCUCCCAGGAAUUCAGGAAGCUGCCUCCAGGUCCGAGGCCUCUUCCCCUGCUUGGCAACCUGUUGCAGCUUGAUCUCAACAAGCUCGACAUUUCCCUGUGGGAGCUCUCAAAGAAACAUGGUUCUGUAUUCACGGUCUACUUUGGGACCAAUAAAGUGGUGGUCCUGGCCGGCUACAAGGCCGUCAAAGAGGCUCUGGUCGGCUGUGCAGAAGAGUUUGGAGACAGAGACAUCGCCCCUAUCUUUUCUGAUUUGAAUCUCGGUCAUGGAAUUCUGUUUUCAAAUGGAGAAUCGUGGAAAGAGAUGCGACGUUUUGCCAUCAGCACCCUCAAAGACUUUGGAAUGGGCAAAAGACUAUCUGAGCAUACGAUAUUGGAGGAAUGCCACUUUCUGAUCCAAGUGUUUGAAAGCUACAAAGGGAAACCAUUUGAUACAGGAUGCCCCCUAAAUCUUGCAACAUCCAAUAUCAUCUCCACUAUCGUGUACGGCAGCAGGUUUGAAUACGAUGACCCCCGAUUCAUAGUCAUGGUGAGAAGAAGCAACGAAAGCGUGCGCAUUUUGGGAUCUGCAUCAAUCCAGAUUUACAACAUGUUUCCCAGGCUGACUAGUUGGAUGAAAAACCGGCAGCUGCUAUUAAAAAAUUAUGCUGCGGCUGUCGCAGAUGUCAAAGAAUUAAUCAUGCAUCGGAAAGAGACACUGGACCCUCACCUCAGCAGGGGGCUUGUCGACUGUUUUCUGAUCCAGAAGCAGAAGGAGGACGAGGCGUGCGUUAAGGACACCCACUACAAUGAGAAGAACUUGAUAUUCACAGUGACCAACCUGUUUUCAGCUGGUACUGAUACCACAGCGACUACACUGAGAUGGGGGUUGCUUCUUAUGGCCAAAUAUCCACAUAUACAAGACCAGGUCCAGGAGGAGCUGAGCAGGGUGCUCGGAAGCCGUGAGGUCCAGGUAGAGGACCGGAAGAACAUGCCGUACACUGACGCUGUAAUCCAUGAGACACAGAGACUGGCCAACAUCGUCCCCAUGGCCAUUCCUCACAAAACCAGCCGAGACGUCACCUUCCAGGGCUUCUUCAUCAAAGAGGGGACGACUGUGUUUCCUCUUCUUACUUCUGUCCUUCACGAUGAGAGCGAAUGGGAGAGCCCACACUUUUUUAACCCCUCCCACUUCCUGGAUGAGAAGGGCGCCUUUAUCAGGAGAGAUGCCUUCAUGCCCUUUUCUGCAGGACGCAGGGCGUGUCUGGGGGAGAGUCUGGCCAGAAUGGAGCUGUUCCUCUUCUUCACCUCCCUCCUCCAGCGCUUUCGUUUCACUCCUCCACCUGGAGUUAAAGAGGAGGAACUGGAUCUGACACCAGCUGUGGGCUUCACCCUCGGUCCGAUGCCUCAUGAGCUGUGUGCCAUCAGUCGCCAAUGAGAGAGAGAGAGCUGAAGCAUGGCAUUACAAUCUAACUGAAUGUGCCCAUCACAUUAAUAUUGAUGGAUUAAAAACAUUUAUUUGUGUAAAUAUACAACAGUCUGACUCUAAAUAAGUGCCCAUGCAUCCAAAUUCUGACUGAUUGUUGAUUUGUCAAAAUUACAAAAAUCAAAACACACUUAGCUAGACACAACUUCAUUAGCCUAUAUUCCUGCUUCCAGGUCAGUGUUUUGACAAAUGAAUGCACUUAGUUUUUGAGAUGUUAUUUAGUUUUUCACAGGUUACACUUUAUUGUUGUUACCUUGAUAAGAUAUUCAGUGCAAAACAAGUUAAUUGCAUACCACUUUGUUUGCAUUGUUCUAACAAUGUUAGUUUUUGUCUGAUGGAGCAUUCUGAUUUACAUGGAAGUUAUGGCAAUUUUCCUUUCCCUUUUUUUUUAUUGAGUCACACAAAUUUGAUAUUUCAAUAGAAAUUCAGCAUGGACCAUUUUGUAACAAUGUUGUUGGGGCGGUGGGGCAUCAACAUGUUCCUUCCUCGUGGAUGUGGCUUGUGAGAGCCACUGACCUAAACACACCAACGGAGGUCAUUUCAUUGCUGUUAUUGUUCUGCUGUGGAAAAGGUUGUGAAUGUCUAAAGAUGGAUAUUUACAAAAAAUAUGUUUUUUGGAACUAAACACCUGUGAGAUUGUG